AUGGGCGACUGGAGCGUGCUGGGCCGGCUGCUGGAGGGCGCGCACGAGCACGCCACGGCCGCCGGCCACCUCUGGCUCUCCGUGCUCUUCGUAUUCCGCAUCCUGGUGCUGGGGGCGGCGGCGGAGCGCGCGUGGGGCGACGAGGCGGCCGGCUUCGCCUGCGACACGCAGCAGCCCGGCUGCCAGAGCGCCUGCUACGACAGCGCCUUCCCCAUCUCGCACCUGCGCUUCUGGGCGCUGCAGAUCAUCUUCGUGUCCACGCCGAGCCUGCUGCACCUGGGCCACGUGCUGCACGUGCUGCGGCGCCGCGAGAGGGGCCGGCAGCGCGCGGCGGCCCCGCGGCGGCGGCGGCGGCGGGACGGGCGCGAGGCGCGGGGCCGGGCCCGGCUGCGCGGCGCCCUGCUGCGGACCUACGUGUGCAGCGUGGUGGCCAAGGCGCUGCUCGAGGUGGGCUUCAUGGCGGGCCAGUGCGCCCUGUUCGGCUUCGCGCUGCAGCCCCUCUACGCCUGCCGCCGCUGGCCCUGCCCCAACGCCGUCAACUGCUACGUGGCGCGGCCCACCGAGAAGACCGUCUUCGUGCUCUUCAUGCUGGGCACGGCCUGCGUGUCCCUGCUGCUCAACCUCGCCGAGAUCUACCACCUGGCUGCCACCAAGUGCCGUCCCGGCGGCCGGGCCCGCGCCCAGCGGCGCCCCGCGGCGCUGGCGGUGUGA